AUGGAUAUAGAAGACUUUAGCUUUCCCACAGUUAGUGACACUUGUACAUACAACUUUGAUUCACAUCCUUUGUGGAAUCUAUCACCAAAAGGCUCUUCUAAUUCCUACCAUGUCCUUGUAGAAGGAAGCAAAGAAAAUGAAAAAGAUUGCUUUGAAGCAAAACUGGUUUCUAAGGGCAAAAGGAAGAGCUUUUCAUGUGUCCAAAAUGGAAAGGAAACAACAGUAGUGGAUGAUGAAGAGGUCCCAAUGGACUUGUUGUGGGAGGUUUUCAAUGAGGAGUUGUCUUCAGCAUCAAGGUUUGCUCACUCCUCUUCAAAGGAAACGGUUGAAUUCAAAUAUGCUAGGGCCUUAACAGUUGCCAAAACUAAUGGUUCUCUUCUUCAAACCAAGUAUAAGCCUAGUAUGGUGGUGAUUGUGAAGGUCUUAAAGAAGUUAUUUUCCCUCAAUAAUUCUCAAGGUAAACCUAAGAAAAGGGUAUUCUAA